GAACUGAGCCCUGUCCCUCUCUUCCUCCAAGGUGUGUGUGUCCUCCUUCCUCCUCACUGUGGAGCCCCGUGAGAGAGAGGGCCCCCGGCACGUCCACACACAACCACAUCCUGAGUGUCACACACAGACAGGAAGUCCUCCAAGGGAAGAAUAAGGUGAGCACACCACCGGUGGAGCGGGCAGACAGAGACACAGAGGGAGGGAUUGUGAUGGAUUAUAAACACAUUCCACAGAGAGACUAGUAGCACACUGACACAGCCAUGAUCGAUUACAAAUAGAUACAUGGCACCAUCAUACAUGUAUAUCAAUAACCAUUUAAUCAAACGCUGACACUCCCAAACACACUACAGAUAUCAUAUACAUACAGAUGCUAGUGCUACAACUCAUUAAUCUCUCUCUCUCACACACACUUAUUGAAAUCAAAUCACAUUUUAUUGGUCACAUACACAUGUUUAGCAGAUGUUAUUGUGGGUGUAGUGAAAUGCUUAUGUUCCUAGCUCCGACAGUGCAGUAAUAUCUAACAAUACACGCAAAUCUAAAAGUAAAAGCAUGUAAUUAAGAAAUAUAGAAAUAUUAGGACAAGCAAUGUCGGAGUCUGGAGUAUUCAGACCCCUUCACUUUUUCCACAUUUUGUUACGUUACAGCCUUAUUCUAAACUUCAUUAAACUGUUUUUUUCCCCUCAUCAAUCUACACACAAUCCCCAUAAUGACAAAGCAAAAACAGGUUUUUAGAAAUGUUUGCAAAUUUAUAAAAAAUUAAACACUUAAAUAACACAUUUACAUAAGUAUUCAGACCCUUUACUCAGUACUUUGUUGAAGCACCUUUGGAAGCGAUUACAGCCUCGAGUCUUCUUGGGUAUGACGCUAUAAGCUUGGCACACCUGUAUUUGGGGAGUUUCUCCCAUUCUUCUCUGCAGAUCCUCUCAAGCUCUGUCAGGUUGGAUGGGGAGCUUCACUGCACAGCUAUUGUUUGAUCGGGUUCAAGUCUGGGCUCUGGUUGGGCCACUCAAGGACAUUCAGAGACUUGUCCAGAAGCCACUCCUGCGUUGUCUUGGCUGUGUGCUUAGGGUCGUUGUCCUGUUGGAAGGUGAACCUUCGCCCUAGUCUGGAGCAGGUUUUCAUCAAGGAACUCUCUGUACAUUGCUCCGUUCAUCUUUCCCUCGACCCUGACUAGUCUCCCAGUCCCUGCCGCUGAAAAACAUCUAGGAAGAUUCUUGGUGGUUCCAAACUUCCUCCAUUUAAAAAUGAUGGCUGCCACUGUGUUCUUGGGGGCCUUCAAUGCUGCAGAAAUGUUUUGGUACCCUUCCCCAGAUCUGUGCCUCGACACAAUCCUGUCUCGGCGCUCUACGGACAAUUCCUUCGACCUCAUGGCUUGGUUUUUUCUCUGACAUGCACUGUCAACUGUGGGACCUUAUAUAGACAAGUGUGUACCUUUCCAAAUCAUGUCCAAUCAAUUGAAUUUACCACAGGUGUACUGCAAUCAAGUUGUAGAAACAUCACAAGGAUGAUCAAUGGAAACAGGAUGCACCUGAGCUCAAUUUCGAGUGUCAUAGCAAAGGGCCUGAAUACUUAUGUAAAUAAGGUAUUUCAGUUUUUAAUUUUUAAUAAAUUAGCGAAAAUGUCUAAAAACCAAUUUUCGCUUUGUCAUUAUGGGGUAUUGUGUGUAGAUUGAUGAGGAAAUUGUUUUAUUUAAUCCAUUUUAGAAUAAGGCUGUAAAGUAACAAAAUGUGGAAAAAGGGAAGGGGUCUGAAUACUCUCCGAAUGCACUGUAAAUAUGCAGUAUAUAUAUGUGAUGGGAUGUAUAGACAUUGUGGACAGUAUGUGGAUAGAAUAUGUAGUAUAUCUGAAGAAUAUGUAGGAUAGAAUAGUAUAUGUACAGCAAUAGUUGAAUAGGAUGGCCAUGACUAGAAUACAGUACAUAUGAAAUGGGUACAACAGUAAGUAAACAUUAUUAAAGUGACCAGUGUUCCAUUAUUAAAGUGGCCAGUGUUCCAUUAUUAAAGUGGCCAGUGUUCCAUGUCUAUGUACAUAGGGCAGCAGCCUCUAAGGUGCAGGGAUGCGUAACCAGGUGGUAGGCGGCUAGUGACAGUGACUAAGUUCAGGGCAGGGUUCUGGGUGGAGGCCGGAUAGUAAUGGCUAUUUAACAGUCUGAUGGCCUUGAGAUAGAAACUGUUUUUCAGUCUCUCGGUCCCAGCUUUGAACCCCUGUACUGACCUCGCCUUCUGGAUGAUAGGGGGGUGAACAGGCCAUGGCUUGGUUGGCUGAGGUCCUUGAUGAUCUUCUUGGCCUUCCUGUGGUGCUGUAGAUGUCCUGAAGGGCAGGCAGUGUGCUCCUGGUGAUGCAUUAGGCUGACCGCAUCACCCUCUGGAGAGCCCUGCGGUUGCAGACGGUGCAGUUGCUGUACCAGGCGGUGAUACAGCCGAUAGGAUGACACGAGAAAUAUGUGGCAGUGUCUACAGACAAUCACGGAUUACAAAGGGAAAACCAGCCACUUUGAGGAUAACACAGUGCCACCGACGAUGCCCGCUCCCAAGGACUGCGGGCUCUCGUUCUCCGUGGCCGACGUGAGUAAGACAUUUAAGCGUGUUAACCCUCACAAGGCUGCCGGCCCAGACGGCAUCCCUAGCCGCGUCCUCAGAGCAUGCGCAGACCAGCUGGCUGGAGUGUUUAUGGACAUAUUCAAUCUCUCCCUAUCCCAGUCUGCUGUCCCUACUUCAAGAUGUCCACCAUUGUUCCUGUACCCAAGAAAGUAAAGGUAACUGAACUAAAUGACUAUCGCCCCGUAGCACUCACUUCUGUCAUCAUGAAGUGCUUUGAGAGGCUAGUUAAGGCUCAUAUCACCUCUACCUUACCUGACACCCUGGACCCACUUCAAUUUGCAUACCGCCCCAAUAGAUUCACAGACGAUGCAAUCACCAUCGCACUGCACACUGCCCUAUCCCAUCUGGACAAGAGGAAUACCUACGUAAGAAUACUGUUCAUUGACUAUAGCUCAGCCUUCAACACCAUAGUACCCUCCAAGCAACUGGGUCCUGGACUUCCUGACGGGCCGCCCCCAGGUGGUGAAGGUAGGAAACAAUACCUCCACUACGCUGAUCCUCAACACAGGGGCCCCACAAGGGUGCGUUCUCAGACCCCUCCUGUACUCCCUGUUCACACAUGACUUUGUGGUCACGCACGCCUCCAACUCAAUCAUCAAGUUUGCAGACAACACAACAGUAGUAGGCCUGAUUACCAACAAUGACGAGACAGCCUACAGGGAGGAGGUGAGGGCCUUGGCGGAGUGGUGCCAGGUAAAUAACCAAUUUCCCUCAAUGUCAACAAAACUAAGGAGCUGAUCGUGGACUUCAGGAGACAGCAGAGGGAGCACACCCCUAUCCACAUCGACGGGACCGCAGUGGAGAAGGUGAAAAGCUUAAAGUUCCUCGGCGUACACAUCACUGACAAUCUGAAAUGGUCCACCCACACAGACAGUGUGUUGAAGAAUGCGCAACAGUGCCUCUUCAACCUCAGGAGGCUGAAGAAAUUUGCCUUGGCCCCUAAGACCCUCACAGAAUUGUACAGAUGCACCAUUGAGAGCAUCCUGUCGGGCUGUAUCACCGCCUGGUACAUUAACUGCACCGCCCGCAACCGCAGGGCUCUCCAGAGGGUGGUGCAGUCUGCCUAUCGCAUCACCGGGGGCACUCUGCCUGCCCGCCAGGACACCUACAGCACCCGAUGUCACAGGAAGGCCAAAAUGAUUAUCAAGGACAUCAACCAUCCGAGCCAUAGCCUGUUCACACCGCUACCAUCCAGAAGGCGAGGUCAGUACAGGUGCAUCAAAGCUGGGACUGAAAAGAAGCUUCUAUCUCAAGGCCAUCAGACUGUUAAAUGGCCAUCACUAGCCGGCUACCACCCGGUUACUCAACCCUGCACCUUAGAGGCUGCUGACCUAUAUAUAUAGACAUGGAAUCCCUGGUCACUUUAAUAAUUAAACACUAGUUACUUUAAUAAGGUUUACAUACUGCUUUAUUCAUUUCAUAUGUAUAUACUAAUUCUAUUCUACUGUAUUUUAGUCAAUGCCACUCCGACAUUGCUCAUGCUAAUAUUUAUAUAUUUCUUAAUUCCACUCUUUUACUUUUAGAUUUGUGUGUAUUGUUGUGAAUUGUUAGAUACUACUGCACUGUUGGAGCUAGGAACACAAGCAUUUCGCUACACCCGCAAUAACAUCUGCUAAAUAUGUGUAUGUGACCAAUACAAUUUGAUUUGAUUCUUGGGUACAGGAACAAUGGUGGACAUCUUGAAGCAAGUGGGAACAGCAGACUGGGAUAGGGAGAGAUUGAAUAUGUCCGUAAACACUCCAGCCAGCUCGUCUGCAAAUACUCUGAGGUCUCGGCUAGGGAUGCCGUCUGGUGGUAGUGUAGGGUAGGGUUAAUUGAGUGUGUGUAAUGUGUUUAGCUUCCCUGUAGUCUGGAGGUGGGCGGUAGGGCUGGUUCAGAUACCUCUAUUGUCUUCUCAUUGGAAAAUGGAAAAUGUGACCACUGUUAUCGGUGGCAGCAGAGGUAAAGUGUGUGUGUGUGUGUGUGUGUGUGUGUGUGUGUGGGCGCACGCUCGUGCGUGUAUGUAUUUUCUACAGACCGUGGGGGUUUUGAUGGUUGCUGAGGCGUUUGUGUCCGGAGUGUAUCGCUGUAUUGCCUCUAACUCUGUGGGCAAGGAUGAACUGGACAUGCCCUUCUAUAUAACAGGUAGAGUCCAACGACAUCACACCAACAAACUGGUCACUACAGUCACAAAAUCAAAACUACAUCCUUCAUCAUGACUUGCAGUAUAGUACUACCAGUAUGUGCACCAUUGCAUACAUUAGUGUGUACAGAUGUAGGAUCUUCAUUUGAUCAUUAUUUUGUUGCUGAGUAUUUUCCUGCACAGCAGGAAAUGCAAACUUGUAAUGUAUUCAAGGUUUAAAAAGGCUUCUAAAGUUUGUAAUUUCCACUUUAAAAUGUAAGACUUUGCCCUAACGAAAAAUGUAUCAACCCCUGCAAAAAAUGUCCAUUCAUUAUAAUCCACAUUUUAAUUCACAUUUCCUGUUGCUGCAGGAUUAUUUUCUUGCUGUAGCAAACUGUCUUAAAUUAAGAUCCUACAUCUGUAUAUGUGUCACAACGUAAAAUGUAUCAAUGACUAACUAUGAAGGAUGUCAUAUCACCUCUGCCUCACCUUCAUCUCUCCCAGUCUCUUCCUCUUUCUCAUGCCUUUUCUCUUCCUCUUGUCCUUUUGUCUCUCUCAAUUCCUCCCCCUCUCUUUCUGAGUCACUGUGAUGUCCAGCUAAAAUCAGACAAAUUGAUGACUGUGUGUGUGGAUGUUUGUGUGGCUAUACAGUACCAGUCAAAUGUUUGGACACACCUACUCAUUCAAGGGUUUUUCUUUAUUUUUACUAUUUUCUACAUGGUAGAAUAAUAGUGAAGACAUCAAAACUAUGAAAUAACACAUAUGGAAUCAUGUAGUAACCAAAAAAGGGUUAAACAAAUCAAAAUAUAUUUUAUACUUCAGAUUCUUCAAAGUAGCCACCCUAUGCCUUGAUGACAGCUUUGCACACUCUUGGCAUUCUCUCAACCAGCUUCAUGUGGUAGUCACCUGGAAUGCAUUUCAAUUAACAGGUGUGCCACAUUAAAAGUUAAUUUGUGGAAUUUCUUUCAUUCUUAAUGCGUUUGAGCAUUAGUUGUGUUGUGACAAGGUAGGGGUGGUAUACAGAAGAUAGACCUAUUUGGUAAAAGACCAAGCCCAUAUUAUGGCAAGAACAGCUCAAAUAAGCAAAGAGAAACGACAGUCCAUCAUUACUUUAAGACAUGAAGGUCAGUCAAUCCGGAAAAUUUCAAGAACUUUUAAAGUUUCUGAAAGUGCAGACGAAAAACCAUCAAGCGCUAUGAUAAAACUGGCUCUCAUGAGGACCGCCACAGGAAUGGAAGACCCAGAGUUACCUCUGCUGCAGAGGAUACGUUCAUUAGAGUUACCAGCCUCAGAAAUUGGCAAUUAACUGCACCUCAGAUAGCAGCCCAAAUAAAUGCUUCACAGAGUUCAAGUAACAGACACAUCUCAACAUCAACUGUUCAGAGGAGACUGUGUGAAUCAGGCCUUCAUGUUCUUCAAAGAAACCACUACUAAAGGACACCAAUAAGAAGAAGAGACUUGCUUGGGCCAAGAAACACGAGCAAUGGACAUUAGACCGGUGGAAAUCUGUCCUUUGGUCUGAUGAGUCCAAAUGUGAGAUUUUUGGUUCCAACCGCCGUGUCUUUGUGAGACGUAGAGUAGGUGAAUGGAUGAUCUCCGUAUGUGUGGUUCCCACAGUGAAGCAUGCAGGAGGAGGAGGUGUGAUGGUGUGGGGGUGCUUUGCUGGUGACACUGUUGGUGAUUUAUUUAGAAUUCAAGGCACACUUAACCAGCAUGGCUACCACAUCAUUCUGCAGCGAUACGCCAUCCCAUCUGGUUUGCGCUUAGUGGGACUAUCAUUUGUUUUUCAACAGGACAAUGACCCAUGCUGUGUAAGGGCUAUUUGACCAAGAAGGAGAGUGAUGGAGUGCUGCAUCAGAUGACCUGGCCUCCACAAUCCCCCAACCUAACCCAAUUGAGAUGAUUUAGGAUGAGUUGGACCGCAGAGUGAAGGAAAAGCAGCCAACAAGUGCUCAGCAUAUGUGGGAACUCCUUCAAGACUGUUGGAAAAGCAUUCCAGGUGAAGCUGGUUGAGAGAAUGCCAAGAGUGUGCAAAGCUGUCAUCAAGGCAAAGGGUGGCUACUUUGAAGAAUCUAAAAUACAAAAUUUAUUUUGAUUUGUUUAACACGUUUUUGGUUACUACAUGAUUCCAUAUGUGUUAUUUCAUAGUUUUGAUGUCUUCACUAUUAUUGUACAAUGUAGAAAAUAGUAAAAAAUUAAGAAAAACCCUUGAAUGAGUAGGUGUGUCCAAACUUUUGACUGGUACUGUAUGUCAAUAUGUUGCCAUGGAGAUGGGGCAGAGGUGUGUGUGUGUUUUACCCUGUGUGUGUAUUAUCCCCCUCUGUGUGCUAGUGUGAAUUGGACCCUGUGUGUGUACGUGAGUGUGUGUUGUCUGCUGUGUAUUUGUGUCGCCUCUGUGUGUGUGUGUGUUUGUGUGUGUGUUGUCCCCUGUGUGUGUCGCCCCUGUGUGUGUGUGUGUGUGUGUGUUGUCCCCUGUGUGUGUGUUGUCCCCUGUGUGUGUUGCCCCUGUGUGUGUGUGUGUGUGUUGUCCCCUGUGUGUGUGUGUGUUGUCCCCUGUGUGUGUAUGUGUGUGUUUGAGUGAAACAGGAACCUGGGGCUCUUAUCGAGUCUCUUCCCUGUGCGGGGUGCACUUCCCUGGGCCGCCAGGCCCUCUUUAUUUCGGGAGGCCUGGGGGUGUUCGGGAAAGAUAAACACUAUCUGCCAUCAGGAAACCCUAGAGCCGUUUCCACAGGAAAUUUCAAAUAGCUAAAGUAAAUAAAAGGCAUUUUCACUGUAUUCCUCUGGCUGCUUUUACCCACAAUAGUUAUUCAACAUUGUCAUCAAAGGAUAAGAAAAUGGCGGCUUGGUCAACACUUGAGAGUAGGAGUCAGAUUCGUUGGAGGUCUAGUGAGAUGGUGGGCAGGGAGGUUUGUUGUGGGGCCCCGUGUAGCUCAGUUGGUAGAGCAUGGCGCUUGCAACGCCAGGGUUGUGGGUUCGUUUCCCACGGGGGGCCAGUAUGAAAAUGUAUGCACUCACUAACUGUAAGUCGCUCUGGAUAAGAGUGUCUGUAAAAGGGUUUUCAGAGCUGUUUGUAUAGGGAGGUGUAGACCAGAGUGGCUUGAAUAGGAACUGAAUCUCUGCAUCCCUCUCUCGCUCCUUUCCCCCCUCCUUCCUUCCCUCUCUCCCUCCCUAUCUCCCCUUACCCCUCUCCUCACUCCCCCCUCCUUCUUUGCCUCUCUCCCGAUUCCUCUCUGUCUCCCCCCUCUCUCUCUCAGAUGUCCCAGGAGGCUUCAGUGUGAGUCAGGAGGAGGAGCCAAGGGAGGGAGGAGACCUACACCUCACCUGCGUAGCCAAUAAGCACCUGUACACCAAGUUGUCAUGGCAACGGGUGACUGACACAGCAGAGGCCACACCCCCAAUCCCCUCCCUGGGUGGUGAACUGUCCUUAGGAGAGUUUUCUGACACUCUGAGUCUAUUGCUUAGCAACCUGACGGCGGGGGAUUCUGGAACCUACCGCUGCUCCGCCCAUCACCUGCUGACGGGACAGAACACACGUCUGGACACACAGGUGGACGUCAGAGGUGAGCCCUCUGACCUCUCACACCAGACCACUCUGAUCAUCAUCAUUAUGAUGAUCAUCAUCAUUACCAUCAUCAUUAUCAUCAUCAUUACGUCAUCAUUACCAUCAUCAUUACAUCGUCAUUACCAUCGUCGUUACCAUCGUCAUUACAAUCGUCAUUACAUCGUCAUUACGUCAUCAUUACCGUUCGUCAUUACAGUUGUCAUUAUCAUCAUCAUUAUCGUCAUCAUUACCAACCUCAUUACCAUCGUCAUUGUCAUCAUCAUUACCAUCAUCCUUACCAACCUCAUUACCAUCAUCAUUACCGUCGUCAUUACCAUCAUCAUUACCGUCAUCGUUAGCAUCAUCAUUGCCAUCAUCAUUACCAUCAUCAUUACCAUCAUUAUUAUUGUCAUUACUAUGACACAUUCACACAUCCAUUAACAAACAGGGUCAUACUCAUAUCAACAUACUCAUAGACGUGCUCACACCUGUCAUUUCAACUCAGCAGAAUUGUUUUUAUGAAUUUAAUGGAUUGCCUAUAUGUCCCUUUACAUUGUAUGGGGAUAACGGCAUUCAUUCACCAUCUGGUAUGUACAUAAACACUCACAUUCACACACAGUGAUACACACACACACACACACUCAGAUCAGUGCUUGGGAACUGGGUCCUGUAGUUUCCUGGGGCCCCUCCCUGCCUCAGUUUGCUCUCCUGCUCUCUCUCUCCCUGCACCUCUUUCUUUCACGUGGGAAUGCUCCCUCGUCAGGAGGAAGAGGACACAAUGGCAAUUCCCACAAUGCCACAUUUACAGGCCCCUUCACAGGGCCAGAGGAACAAUCAGCCAAUCAGACACUGUCAAACCACGGACUCACAGACAAUCAUCAAUUGUUGUCCAGGAGGAAGAUAUGGGGAAAAACAAUCAGUCCCACAUUACUUAAGUCCCUUAUUUUCAUGUCUUUUACUGCUGCUGCAAACCUCGACGCAUAGACUUCCUCUCAAAGACCCCCAUGGGCUUUUAACUAGAGAGGGGGGGAUGUCAUCCUAUUGUAGUCUUUGUAGUCUAGGUGGUGAGUAAUGUUUAAAAUGUAGUGGCCAUUUAUGAAUAAUAACCAAUGGCCUAUUAACAGCUAAUAACCGCCUUGAUGACAAUACAUUGUUGUGGCCAGUGGGAAAAGGGCUAUUUUAAGAUUACUAUUACAAACCCAAGAGGAACCCAGGUCAGCUGACGUGAAGUUGAAGUUAAGGCCACACACACUCACAGACACACACAUACACACACACACACACACGCACACACACACAUACACAGAAAUGUGUCACUAACACACACAUUGUCGUCAGAGCGUGGCAGGGGUCCAGGGAGGGAUGUCAAAUAUCCCUGCUUCAAUUUGUAGAGAAAGAAAAGGGAAAACGACACUAAUUCUAUUCAUAGUACUACUGUAUGACUUAUGACUAUUCAUGGGACUACUGUACAACUUAUGACUAUUCAUGGGACUACUGUAUAACUUAUGACUCUUCGUAGGACUACUGUAUGACUUAUGACUGGUCAUAGUACUACUGUAUAACUUAUGACUAUUCAUGGGACUACUGUAUAACUUAUGACUAUUCAUAGUGCCACUGUAUAAAUUAUGACUAUUCAUGGAACUGCUGUGUAGCUUGUGACUAUUCAUGGGACUACUGUAUGACUUAUGGCUACUCAUGGGACUACUGUAUAAUUUAUGACUAUUCAUAGGACAACUGUGUGACUUAUGACUCUUCAUAGGACUACUGUAUGACUUAUGACUAGUCAUAGUGCCACUGUAUAACUUGUGACUAUUCAUAGUACUACUGUAUAACUUAUGACUAUUCAUCAUACCGCUGUAUAACUUCUGACCAUUCAUGGGACUACUGCAUGACUUAUGACUCUUCAUGGGACUACUGUAUAACUUAUGACUGUUCAUAGUACUACUGUACGACUUAUGACUAUUCAUCAUACCGCUGUAUAACUUAUGACUAUUCGUGGGACAACUGCAUGACUUAUGACUAUUCAUAGGACUACUGCAUGACUUAUGACUCAUCUGUUCUGUUGGAAUUUAUUCACUUGACAUUGAAGUAACUCAACAUUUUGUGAUACAAUGAUGACCUCUGUUCAUGUGGACCUUGGCCACAUCUCUCUCUCACACACACACAACUAAUCAUGCACACACUCAUGGUGUGUGUUCCCCCACAGUACUGGAGGCUCCGGUGCUGUUACAGAAUCUGUCUGACUGUAGCGUGAACGUCAGCAGCUCAGUGACACUCAGCUGCCGUGCCCACGGCGUGCCACGCCCCUUCAUCACAUGGUACAAGGACCAACACACACUGCUUCAGGGAUCAGGUGGGAGGCACAGUGAUCUUCUAUCCCCGUCUCAACUGUACUGAACAAAAAUAUAAACGCAACAUGCAUCACUUUCAACGAUUUUACUGAGUUACAGUUCAUAUAAGGAAAUCAGUCAAUUGAAAUAAAUAAAUUAGGCCCUAAUCUAUGGAUUUCACAUGACUGGGCAGGGGCACAGCCAUUGGUGGGACUGGGAGGGCAUAGGCCCACCCACUUGGGAGCCAGGCCCACCCACUGGGGAGACAGGCCCAGCCAAUCAGAAUGAGUUUAUCCCCACAAAAGGGCUUUACUACAGACAGAAAUAUUCCUCAGCUGUCCGGGUGGCUGGUCUCAGACGAUCCUGCAGGUGAAGAAGCCGGAUGUGGAGGUCCUGGGCUGGCGUGGUUACACGUGGUCUGCUGUUGUGAAGCCGGUUGGACGUACUGCCAAAUUUUCUAAAACAACAUUGGAAGCGGCUUGUGGUAGAGAAAUGAACAUUCAAUUCUCUGGCAACAGCUCUGGUGGACAGUCCUGCAGUCAGCAUGCCAAUUGUAAGCUCCCUCAAAACUUGAGACAUCUGUGGCAUCGUGUUGUGUGACAAAACUGCAAAUUUUAGUGGCCUUUUAUUGUCCCCAGCACAAGGUGAACUUGUGUAAUGAUCAUGCUUUUUAAUCAGCUUCUUGAUAUGCCACACCUGUCAGGUGGAUGGAUUAACUUGGCAAAGGAGAAAUGCUCACUAACAGGGAUGUAAACAAAUUUGUGCACAAAAUUUAAGAGAAAUAAGCUUGUGCGUAUGGAACAUUUCUGAGAUCUUUUAUUUCAGCUCAUGAAACAUGGGACCAACACUUUACAUGUUGCGUUUAUAUAUUUUUUCAGUAUAUACAGUGGGGAGAACAAGUAUUUGAUACACUGCCGAUUUUGCAGGUUUUCCUACUUACAAAGCAUGUAGAGGUCUGUAAUUUUUAUCAUAGGUACACUUCAACUGUGAGAGACGGAAUCUAAAACAAAAAUCCAGAAAAUCACAUUGUAUGAUUUUUAAGUAAUUAAUUUGCAUUUUAUUGCAUGACAUAAGUAUUUGAUACAUCAGAAAAGCAGAACUUAAUAUUUGGUACAGAAACCUUUGUUUGCAAGUACAGAGAUCAUAUGUUUCCUGUAGGUCUUGACCAGGUUUGCACACACUGCAGCAGGGAUUUUGGCCCACUCCUCCAUUUGACCUUCUCCAGAUCCUUCAGGUUUCGGGGCUGUCACUGGGCAAUACGGACUUUCAGCUCCCUCCAAAGAUUUUCUAUUGGGUUCAGGUCUGGAGACUGGCUAGGCCACUCCAGGACCUUGAGAUGCUUCUUACGGAGCCACUCCUUAGUUGCCCUGGCUGUGUGUUUCGGGUCGUUGUCAUGCUGGAAGACCCAGCCACGACCCAUCUUCAAUGCUCUUACUGAGGGAAGGAGGUUGUUGGCCAAGAUCUCGCGAUACAUGGCCCCAUCCAUCCUCCCCUCAAUACGGUGCAGUCGUCCUGUCCCCUUUGCAGAAAAGCAUCCCCAAAGAAUAAUGUUUCCACCUUCAUGCUUCACGGUUGGGAUGGUGUUCUUGGGGUUGUACUCAUCCUUCUUCUUCCUCCAAACACGGCGAGUGGAGUUUAGACCAAAAAGCUCUAUUUUUGUCUCAUCAGACCAAAUGACCUUCUCCCAUUCCUCCUCUGGAUCAUCCAUAUGGUAAUUGGCAAACUUCAGACGGGCCUGGACAUGCGCUGGCUUGAACAGGGGGACCUUGCGUGCGCUGCAGGAUUUUAAUCCAUGACGGCGUAGUGUGUUACUAAUGGUUUUCUUUGAGACUGUGGUCCCAGCUCUCUUCAGGUCAUUGACCAGGUCCUGCCGUGUAGUUCUGGGCUGAUCCCUCACCUUCCUCAUGAUCAUUGAUGCCCCACGAGGUGAGAUCUUGCAUGGAGCCCCAGACCGAGGGUGAUUGACCGUCAUCUUGAACUUCUUCAAUUUUCUAAUAAUUGAGCCAACAGUUGUUGCCUUCUCACCAAGCUGCUUGCCUAUUGUCCUGUAGCCCAUCCCAGCCUUGCGCAGGUCUACAAUUUUAUCCCUGAUGUCCUUACACAGCUCUCUGGUCUUGGCCAUUGUGGAGAGGUUGGAGUCUGUUUGAUUGAGUGUGUGGACAGGUGUCUUUUAUACAGGUAACGAGUUCAAACAGGUGCAGUUCAUACAGGUAAUGAGUGGAGAACAGUAGGGCUUCUUAAAGAAAAACUAACAGGUCUGUGAGAGCCGGAAUUCUUACUGGUUGGUAGGUGAUCAAAUACUUAUGUCAUGCAAUAAAAUGCAAAUUAAUUACUUAAAAAUCAUACAAUGUGAUAUUCUGGAUUUUUAUUUUAGAUUCCGUCUCUCACAGUUGAAGUGUACCUAUGAUAAAAAUUACAGACCUCUACCUGCUUUGUAAGUAGGAAAACCUGCUAAAUCUGCAGUGUAUCAAAUACUUGUUCUCCCCACUGUAUAUGGGAAAAUUACAACAGUGAAAGUUGAGUUGCUUGGUGACUCGGAGUGUCAAUAGUCUAAAGUGACUUCCUCUCCUCCUCUUUUUACUUCACCUGCGCUGAUCUGAAUAAAUCUGAAUAAAGACAAGAAGAUGAGAGAGGAAUCCUCUUCAAACUGUUGAGAAUGACUCCUGAAGUUGGUGUUGGGAAAUUAAUGUGACAUGUUCUGUUUCUCAUGUGCAGGUAUCGUCAUAGCACCAGGAGGCGAGAACCUCCACAUUGACCGAAUCACAGUGGAGGACCAGGGUCUGUACACCUGCCAGGCAACCAAUGAGAGAGGCUCUGCUGAGAGCUCCGCCUACAUCUGGGUUCACAGUAAGGAUGCAUUGACCAAUAGUAACUCUGGAAUACAUUAAACUCUCUCUCCUCUCUUGUUCUAUAACCGUCCGUUCUUCCAUAUUUGGUCAUGUUGGUGCCUGUGGAUGAACACUCUUGUGAUAGCCGGGAUAUGAGUGUUAAAGGGUAUGAAUGACAAUCCAUUAGAUGAUCAACCUUAUACAUAUAACAGUAAUCUAAUCAUUAUUUAUUAGAACAAGAGUGACGAGUAAAGCUACAGCUAAUAGGGUAAGUUGUAAAGACAAAACUAGACACUGCUUUAGAUAGUCCUGCUAUCCUUAUAAGUCUUGAUUGAUGUUCCCUACUUUAGAGAGUCUUUGGUACGUGACCCAGUCCUUUCCAGUAGAGGCUGGUCCAGUGUCAGUCACCUCUGUUUGGAGGGCCCUUCCCUGGGUAGCAGCUACCGGACGCUGCCUAGCCUGACCAUGGAGAGGAGUGGCUGAGUGUUGUUGUGUUCUAAUAAGUCAGGAAGGAAGCUGUCUCCCUUUUUGAUUUCCUUUCGGAAGCCCCACUCUGCUGCCCCGUAAACUGGGGCUAUUUCUAUAUCUUCAGAAAAACAACAAGAUGAAUGAGGAGGAUGGCUGUUUGUGUUUGAGCCUGUUGGGCCAUUUCCACCCUGAUCAGAGGCUAGGACAGACAGGGAGGGAAGGAGGGAGGGAGGGACGGACGGAGGGACAGUGAGAGAACAGCGCCCUGGUUUGGGAGGGUAGAGAACUGCAGAGCAAGGGUGAAAUGAAUAUCAGAUAAGUGAUUUUACUUGAAGCGAGGGAGGAGAGAAUAAGUAUUCCAAGAGGGCCUUGUUCAUCUCUAUGGUUCUAUUCCUAUACUUCAAAAAAUUGGUAAAUCCUUAGAUUAAUUUCAAUCAUGCUCUCUCUCUCUCUCUCUCUCUCUCUCUCUCUCUCUCUCUCUCUCUCUCUCUCUCUCUCCCUCUCUCCCUCUCUCCCUCUCUCUCUCCCUCUCUCUCUCUCUCUCCCUCUCUCUCUCUCUCUCUCUCUCUCUCUCUCCCCUCUCUCCCUCUCGCUCUCUCUUUCUCCCCCCCCCUCUCUCUCUCUCUCUCUCUCUCAAUUCAAUUCAAUUCAAAGUGCUUUAUUGGCAUGGGAAACAUAUGUUUACAUUGCCAAAGCAAGUGAAAUAGAUAAUAGACAAAAGUGAAAUAAACAUUACACUCACAAAAGUUCCAAAGGAAUAGAGACAUUUCAAAUGUCAUAUUAUGGCUAUGUACAGUGUUGUAACGAUGUGCAAAUAGUUAAAGUAAAAAUAAAUAAACAUAAAUAUGGGUUGUAUUUACAAUGGUGUUUGUUCAUCACUGGUUGCCCUUUUCUUGUGGCAACAGGUCACAAAUAUUGCUGCUGUGAUUGCACACUGUUGUAUUUCACCCAAUAUAUAUGGGAGUUUAUCAAAAUUGGAUUUGUUUUCAAAUUCUUUGUGGGUCUGUGUAAUCUGAGGGAAAUACAGUUGAAGUCGGAAGUUUACAUACACUUAGGUUGGAGUCAUUAAAACUCAUUUUUCAACCACUCUACACAUUUCUUGUUAACAAACUAUCGUUUUGGCAAUUUUUCCAACAAUUGUUUACAGACAGAUUAUUUCACUUAUAAUUCACUGUAUCACACUUCCAGUGGGUCAGAAGUUCACAUACACUAAGUUGACGGUGCCUUUAAACAGCUUGGAAAAUUCCAGAAAAUGAUGUCAUGGCUUUAGAAGCUUCUGAUAGGCUAAUUGACAUCAUUUGAGUCAAUUGGAGGUGUACCUGUGGAUGUAUUUCAAGGCCUACCUUCAAACUCAGUGCCUCUUCACUUGACAUCAUGGGAAAAUCAAAAGAAAUCAGCCAAGACCUCAGAAAAAGAUUUGUAGACCUCCACAAGUCUGGUUCAUCCUUGGGAGCAAUUUCCAAACGCCUGAAGGUACCAUAUUCAUCUGUACAAACAAUAGUACACAAGUAUAAACACCAUGGGACCACGCAGCUGUCAUACCGCGCAGGAAGGAGACGCGUUCUGGCUCCUAGAAAUGAACGUACUUUGGUGCGAAAAAUGCAAAUCAAUCCCAGAACAACAGCAAAGGACCUUGUAAACAUGCUGGAGGAAACAGGUACAAAAGUAUCUAUAUCCACAGUAAAACGAGUCCUAUAUCGACAUAGUCCUAUGCUCAGCAAGGAAGAAGCCACUGCUCCAAAACCGCCAUAAAAAAGCCAGACUAGGGUUUGCAACUGCACAUGGGGACAAAGAUCAUACUUUUUGGAGAAAUGUCCUCUGGUCUGAUGAAACAAAAAUAGAACUGUUUGCCCAUAAUGACCAGCGUUAUGUUUGGAGGAGGAAGCUUGCAAGCCGAAGAACACCAUCCCAACCAUGAAGCACGGGGGUAGAAGCGUCAUGCUGUGGGGGUGUUUGCUGCAGGAGGGACUGGUGCACUUCACAAAAUAGAUGGCAUCAUGAGGAAGAAAAAUGAUGUGGAUAUAUUGAAGCAACAUCUCAAGACAUCAGUCAGGAAGUUAAAGCUUGGUCACAAAUGGCUCUUCCAAAUGGACAAUGACCCCAAGCAUUCUUCCAAAGUUGUGGCAAAAUGGCUUAAGGACAACAAAGUCAAGGUAUUGGAGUGGCCAUCACAAAGCCCUGACUUCAAUUCUAUUGAAAGUUUGUGGGCAGAACUGAAAAAGCGUGUGCGAGCAAGGAGGCCUACAAACCUGACUCAGUUACACCAGCUCUGUCAGGAGGAAUGGGCCAAAUUUCACCCAACUUAUUGUGGGAAGCUUGUGGAAGGCUUCCCGAAACGCUUGACCCAAGUUAAACAAUUUAAAGGCAAUGCUACCAAAUACUAAUUGAGUGUAUGUAAACUUCUGACCCACUGGGAAUGUGAUGAAAGAAAUAAAAGCUGAAAUAAAUAAUUCUCUCUACUAUUAUUCUGACAUUUCACAUUCUUAAAAUAAAGUGGUGAUCCUAACAGGGAAUUUGUACUAGGAUUAAAUGUCGGGAAUUGUGAAAAACUGAGUUUAAAUGUAUUUGGCUAAGGUGUAUGUAAACAUCCGACUUCAACUGUAUGUGUCUCUAUGGUCAUACAUUUGGCAGGAGGAUAGGAAGUGCAGCUCAGUUUCCACCUAAUUCUGUGGGCAGUGUGCAGGUCUGCCUACGGCGGCCUUUCUCAAUAGCAAGGCUAUGCUCACUGAGUCUGUACACAGUCAAAGUUUUCCUUAAUUGUGGGUCAGUCACAGUGGUCAGGUAUUCUGUCACUGUGUACUCUCUGUUUAGGGCCAAAUAGCAUUCUAGUUUGCGCUGUUUUUUUAGGUUAAUUCUUUCCAAUGUGUCAAGUAAUUCUCUUUUUGUUUUCUCAUGAUUUGGUUGGGUCUAAUUGUGUUGCUGUUGCUGUCCUGGGGCUCUGUGGGGUCUGUUUGUGUUUGUGAACAGAGCCCCAGGACCAGCUUGCUUAGGGGACUCUUCUCCAGGUUCAUCUCUCUUUAGGUGAUGGCUUUGUUAUGGAAGGUUUGGGAAUCGCUUCCUUUUAAGUGGGUGUGUAAUUUUUUUUCUGGAUUUUGAUAAUUAGCGGGUAUCGGCCUAAUUCUGCUCUGCAUGCAUUAUUUGGUGUUUGACGUUGUACACCGGGGAUAUUUUUGCAGAAUUCUGUAUGCAGAGUCUCAAUUUGGUGUUUGUCCCAUUUUGUGAAUUCUUGGUUGGUGAGCGGACCCCAGACCUCACAACCAUAAAGGGCAAUGGGUUCUAUAACUGAUUCAAGUAUUUUUUGCCAGAUCCUAAUUGGUAUAUCGAAUUGUAUGUUCUUUUUGAUGGCAUAGAAGGCCCUUCUUGCCUUGUCUCUCAGAUCGUUCACAGCUUUGUGGAAGUUACCUGUGGCGGUGAUGUUUAGGCCGAGGUAUGUAUAGUUUUUUGUGAGCUCUAGGGCAACGGUGUCUAGAUGGAAUUUGGUUUUUUGGAACACCAUUAUUUUUGUCUUAAGAGAUUUACUGUCAGGGCCCAGGUCUGACAGAAUCUGUGCAGAAUAUCUAGGUGCUGCUGUAGGCCCUCAUUGGUUGGGGACAGAAGCACCAGAUCAUCAGCAAACAGUAGACAUUUGACUUCAGAUUCUAGUCCUCUCUCUCUGUGUGUAGACUCAUCAGAGGGCAUGUCUCUGGAGAUCCCUACUCUCACCUGUACCUGUCUGGUGGCCACUCUCUUCUGGCUGCUACUCACUCUCUUCAUACGUAAACUCAAACAGGUGAGACACAAAUGGAGUAGACUAGAUAUAUAUAUAAAAUUGCAUAAUUAUCUGUCCUAUUUUUGAUAAUUCUAUAUAAAUACAUUUAUCUCAGCCAAACUCUUCGGGUACCAAGGCCGAGUACCUUUCAAUCAUCAUGGACCCAGGGGAGGGGCGUCUGGAGGAGCAGUGUGAUAGGCUACAGUACGACCCUGGCCAAUGGGAGUUCCCCAGAGACCACCUCAAACUGGGUAUAACUUUACAUAAUUUGUUACCAACUUGUUACACUGUGUAGUGAUUGGUUACAGACUUUCUAGGAACUGCCUGUGUAUAAAGUUGUGAGAGAGGAGAUUAUUAAGAUUAGUGAUAGAUACGAUCACUUUCUCGUAACAAUUUUAUCUGCAUCAGAGAUGACUGGGAGUGCCCCAUGUAAUCAGUGUUAUCUGUGUUGUGCUAAUCAGGUCUAUCAAGGGUGGGAGCUGUGUUUACUGUAACUAAUCAGGUCUGGCUUGGGUGGGAUCUGAGUUUGACUCAUCAGGGCUUGUUGGGUAUACAGUAAAUGUCGUUUUAAUUUCUCAAGUUUUAUAAAAGGUCUAGGUGGUUCCCACCUGAAACCUUUUGAACUUUCUCAUGAAUCUGAAGAUGAACAAAACAUUGAGUCUGAUAGACUGCCAGCGCCCAGUGCUAAACCACAACCCACCUUUGGGUUUCAACCCCACCAUUUGAGAAACAAAUAAGAUUGUGUUUUAAUUAUUUCUCUGUGUCCUUCCAGAGAAACCUCUGGGCCGUGGGGCCUUUGGGAAGGUCAUGCAGGCGUCUGCCUUUGGCAUCGACAACUCUACAGGCUGCAGGACUGUGGCUGUCAAGAUGCUCAAAGGUACAUGCUUCAUUAUAUUAAUUAUACCUGAGUCAUGAUAUCUAAGACGUGACAAAUGAUGACCAUUCAGAAUAGAGUAGAGUAAAACAAUAGAACUGAAUAGAAUAGAACAUGACUCUACCAGCAUAGUGACAGGCAUUAUAAAGUGCUGUAUUUAUAAUGUGCUGUAUUGAUAAUGUGCUGUAUUGAUAAUGUGCUGUAUUUAUAAUGUGCUGUAUUGAUAAUGUGCUGUAUUGAUAAUGUGCUGUAUUGAUAAUGUGCUGUAUUUAUAAUGUGCUGUAUUUAUAAUGUGCUGUAUUUAUAAAGUGAUGUAUUUAUAAUGUGCUGUAGAUAUAAUGUGCUGUAUUAACAAUGUGCUGUAUUUAUAAUGUACUUUAUUUAUAAUGUACUGUAUUUAUAAAGUGAUGUAUUUAUAAUGUGCUGUAGUUAUAAUGUGCUGUAUUAAGAAUGUGCUGUAUUUAUAAUGUACUUUAUUUAUAAUGUACUGUAUUUAUAAAGUGAUGUAUUUAUAAUGUGCUGUAUUUAUAAUGUGCUGUAUUAAUAAUGUGCUGUAUUUAUAAUGUGCUGUAUGCUGUCCACCAGAGGGGGCUACUCCCAGUGAGCACAAGGCUCUGAUGACAGAACUGAAGAUCCUGAACCACAUCGGUCACCACCUGAAUGUGGUCAACCUGCUGGGAGCCUGCACCAAGGCAGGGCCUCUGAUGGUCAUAGUGGAGUACUGUAGGUAUGGAAACCUCUCCACCUACCUGAAGAGCAAGAGAGACGUGUUCCUGCUCAACAGGGUGAGUUCUCCCUCUGUCUAGACAGACAGGCAGAUACUCAUAGCCUUACCUUACAGACCUCGAUGAGGUCAAGUUCCCAUUGAUAAGACAUUCUGUCUAUAUCUUUAUAGAUGCUGUGAAGAGUGUCAUGAAUGUGUUAAUGUCAGACUUACAGACUAUCAUACUUAUCUCACAUACAAGUCUUAUUUCCUGUGAUGGAUAUACAAAAUUAACCUCAAGCAAGCAAACACUUCACCAACUCACUUCUGCAAUCAACUGAUGUUCUGUGGAGUUAUUUGUAAUAAGAGGGACUUUUUCCUUUUUCCUUAACGUCAGAAUCUGUAGUUCUGAGUAUUUAGUCCUGUAUGAUUCAUGUAAACACUCACAGUGUGUUUGUCUCUAGCUUACACCAGUAAACACACUAAGCUCUGCUACACAACACACUGCAUUGGAACUACAACUCAACUAUAACUCCACACACUAACUGUAGCUCCAUAUUGACUGCUAGUACUACCUGACCACACUGACCACAACUCAUUCUCUCUCUCUGUGACAGGUGAGUGGAGGAGAGGAUGGAAAUAAGAGGUGUUUCGAGGAGAGAGAGAGCACAGAGGGGGGUAAGAAAGAGACGAGCCAAAAGGUUUAUCUACACGUUUUAUUUGUUGUUGAGAUUUUUAUCUUUCAAUCCUCUCCCAUAACUCUCUCUCUCUCUCUAGGUGCCUCCAAGUCUCCUCUGUUCCUGGAGGAUCUCAUCUCCUACAGUUUCCAGGUGUCUCGAGGCAUGGAGUUUCUCGCCUCUCGCAAGGUCUGAUACCCCUGUGUGUGUGUGUGUGUGUGUGUGUGUGUGUGUGUGUGUGUGUGUGUGUGUGUGUGUGUGUGUGUGUGUGUGUGUGUGUGUGUGUGUGUGUGUGUGUGUGUGUGUGUGGUGUGUGUGUGUGUGUGUGUGUGUGUGUGUGUGUGUGUGUGUGUGUGUGUGUGUGUGUGUGUGUGUGGUGUGUGUGUGUGUGUGUGUGUGUGUGUGUGUGUGUGUGUGUGUGUGUGUGUGGUGUGUGUGUGUGUGUGUGUGUGUGUGUGUGUGUGUGUGUGUGUGUGUGUGUGUGUGUGUGUGUGUGUGUGUGUGUGUGUGUGUGUGUGUGUGUGUGUGUGUGUGUGUGGUGUGUGUGUGUGUGUGUGUGUGUGUGUGUGUGUGUGUGUGUGUGUGUGUGUGUGUGUGUGGUGUGUGUGUGUGUGUGUGUGUGUGUGUGUGUGUGUGUGUGUGUGUGUGUGUGUGUGUGUGUGUGUGUGUGUGUGUGUGUGUGUGUGUGUGUGUGUGUGUGUGUGUGUGUGUGUGUGUGUGUGUGUGGUGUGUGUGUGUGUGUGUGUGUGUGUGUGUGUGUGUGUGUGUGUGUGUGUGUGUGGUGUGUGUGUGUGUGUGUGUGUGUGUGUGUGUGUGUGUGUGUGUGUGUGUGUGUGUGUGUGUGUGUGUGUGUGUGUGUGUGUGUGUGUGUGUGUGUGUGUGUGUGUGUGUGUGUGUGUGUGUGUGUGUGUGUGUGUGUGUGUGUGUGUGUGUGUGUGUGUGUGUGUGUGUGUGUGUGUGUGUGUGUGUGUGUGUGUGCGCGCGCGUCUCUGUCUGUCUGUCAAGACAGUAUAUGACCUUGAAAAUAUGUGGCUCAUUUGCACCUCGAUGCAAUCAAUAGAUCCAAAUUGUGCAUUCAAAAUGUGUGUUCACUCCUCUGUGUUUCUAUAUCAGUGUAUCCACCGUGACCUGGCUGCCAGGAACAUUCUGCUAUCUGAGAACAAAGUGGUGAAGAUCUGUGACUUUGGUCUGGCCAGAGACCUCUACAAAGACCCCGACUACGUCCGCAAGGGAGACGUGAGUCCACGCACACACAAUCAUCUCCUCCUCAUAACGGGGACUUCAGUGUACUUAACCUAUUCUUAGCUCUACAGUAGUUGUGCUGUCCUGUCAAGUUGGCAAGACAGCACAAACAGAUCUGCCACCAGGCUACACUGUACUCCCUGCUGGCAGCUAUUUGGCUGAUUCUGACCCAUGACCCCUGCUCUCCACAGGCCAGGCUGCCAUUGAAGUGGAUGUCGCCAGAGUCCAUCUUUGACAAGGUGUUCACUACCCAGAGUGAUGUGUGGUCCUAUGGAGUUCUGCUCUGGGAGAUAUUCUCUCUGGGUCGGUCCUCAUAUCCACUUACACAAAACACAUACUGCUGGUACCAUAGAAUUAGGAAUUAGAAUACUAGUAAUUGAAUAGGAUCUCUAUGGCUUGUACUAUGAAUAGUAUAUACAGUUACUGUAUCACCUAGACAAGACUCAAGGCUUCUUCUCCGUCCGUCUCACAGGAGCCUCCCCGUACCCUGGCCUGAACAUAGAUGAGGAGUUCUGCCACCAACUAAAGGAGGGAACACGCAUGCGCGCCCCGGAGUACAGCACUCCAGAAAUGUGAGAAAGAGAAAUAUGAUAUAGAUGGAGAGAGAAAUGAAGAGAGACUGUGGCGUGGGUAUAACUGGUGUGUGUUGUCUGUAGUUACAGCACCAUGCUGGCAUGCUGGGAGGCUAACCCCUCAGACCGCCCCACCUUCACUGGCCUAGUGGAAACACUGGGAGACCUGCUGGAGGCACGGGUUCAACAGGUAAUACACACACACACACUUACUCUCUCUCUCUUUCAUAUGCAUUGAACCUUUUCUAUAAUCAGGAUGGGAAAGACUACAUUCCCCUGGGCACGUUCCUGUGUGGAGAGAGAGACCCAGACAGCAGCGUCCAGCGAGACUACACAGAGAGCUCCCUGACUGACCUGCAUCCACACAGACUCACCAGUCUGGGGUAAGGCUAGGAACAACCCCAUAAACAGAGAAAAAUGACAGUUGGUACAGUCCAAUGGGUUGUAGUUGGUAAUGUUUUAAUUAUGUUCCAGCUACAUGAACACCAGGAGCACAGCGACACUCAGGACCUUCGAGGAACUGCCCAGCAAGGACCCGCCUGGCCCGGACGUGAGGGGACACACACUGAUUCACAUUUAUAUUCUUACUCACACCAGACACUGAUGCUUGUCACGGAUGUCAGUGUCCACUGUGUUGCUGUGUUUCAGGAUGAGCAAUGUAACAGUUUCACACACACAUCAAACAUGUUCUUGUGCACACACACACACACUAAUGUGUAGACCUGGUGUGUUUCAGGAUGAGCAGGGUGACAGCGGGAUGGUUCUACCCUCUGAGGAACUCAAACGUCUCAGAUGGACCAGCGGCUCCAAGAGCCUCACAAGGUCACCACCACUAACCCCUGACCUACAACCCCUAAUUGACUACAAAUUAGUGUAUUUUCUGUUCUGUAUUGAUAAUGAAUUGAGGGUUUGUGUGUUUGCAGGUUCUUCACCAUCAGUAAGUGCAGGGAGAACCUGGUGCCCUGCAUGUGUAAUGACAUCACUGGUCUACAUGACGAUGAGCCGCCUGUCCUCCCAUGUGACUGUGACUCCGAGGAGAGCUGUUCCCCUCCACCCGACUACAACUCUGCCUUCCUCUACCCCUCCCUCUAACUAGUCCAUCACACCUCUAUCAUUAUGUCACGCUUCUCCCACUGGCUAGAACUGCCUGCCUCCCUCCCUCUUGUCUAUAUCACUCCAUCUAAACAUCACCCUAACCUCCUCCCUCUAACACUCCAUCCCUGCUUCAACGUUUUCCCUACCUCCCUCUUCGACAACUUUGUCACAGAUUAAUUAAUGGUGUAGUGCAUCAUUUCCCCAUAGCAUACUAUCAGACUACUUUACUCCUCCAAAUAUCUGUCUCUACAAACAAUUCCUCUCUAAAGAUUAUAUUUAAUAUUGUAACACAACAGAGCUUCCUCAGUAAUUCACAAACCCUACUCCUCUCCCCUCCCCCCUCCCCGUGGCCUAGGUAGGGUGCUACACCCACACCACAAAGAGCAGCUAAAUCCAUGAUAGUGUCAUCACCACAACAUGUGUCCAUUUACCAUUAUAUUUACUGUCGUUGCUUAUCUCUAUAUGGGUACAGAGUAUAGAGCUUAGAAGUAGAGGAACCUCUGUUGUCUCCAGUGAACUGACCAUGAUGUUACUACACACGUGUAUGCUGGAAGAAUUUAUUCAUUAGAAAAUGUAUUAGUGUUUUACCUAUUUAUUUACAGUAUGUUAACCUCAUGAGAUUUUGUCAAGGAAGGCGACUGCUGUCAAUGAUCAUUAAAUCAGUAUAUGUUGUAUGUCAGACCUUUCCAAUCGAUGCGGAGCUAUGGAGUAGAAGUAAUGUAUAACAUGCAUGAUCGCCACUGAGCCAUUUGCCCUGACUGACACAAGUAUGUAUGUAUGUAUGUAUGUAUUCUAUGUAUGUAUUCAAAACACAUUUAAAAUGAAGUAAAGAGUUACCACACUGACUGCCAAUACAAUCAUUUUGUCUUC